AUGCUUACCUUUUUUACUGAAGGUAUUAUUUUUUCCAUUUUAAUAUGGAUCUAUAAAUUUUUCGAUGAUGACAAGGAAUACAACCAAAAUAACGCAUUCAAUGUAAAAUUUAGAAGAUUACUAAGUACCGAAGCAAACGUAGAGGAAGAAAGAAAAGAUGAAACGUUAAAAAAAGGAAUAUAUAAUUUAUUAUACGAAAGUAAUGAUUCCUUUGGAGAGAGAAUAAAUUCAUUAGAGCAUGAUGAAGAAUUUCUAAAAAGAUUUACUGAUUUAAUGCAACGUGAAAUUUCUGAGCAAGAAUUUAAAGAUUUAAUUAAAUAUACAAAAUUUCAAAAACAACACCACUCACACAACACUCAACAUAAUUUAAAAAAAAUAUAUAAAAACGUAAAACAUUAUGAUAAUGCUGAAAAACACAAAAAUCCACAUAUAUCUUCAAAAAAAGUAGACUCAAGCUAUGAAUCAAUUUUAUUUCAAAGCAGCUCAGGAAUUAAUCAUCAUUUCUUUAAGCAUAAAGACAUAGAUAGAAAUCUCUUAUAUUCAAAAAAAAAAAACGUCAAGUAUACUCUUCAUUUAAGUCAAAAAAAAAACAUUCCUUCAAAAAAGAUUAUUAAUAUUGUUUUCUCUAAUUAUGUUACGUAUUUCUGUUGUACCGUUUUGGUACUUUGUGCCAUCAUAUCUGGAGAUAGACUUUUCGCAUUAUCGACAAUUACUACAUAA